UCGCCGGGUGGUGGCGUCAGCUACGCGCCGCCUGCAAAGGAAAAAGCCGGUUGCUGGGGGAGUGAGGAAGAAAGGGAGGGUGCCGAACACGGAAGUGAUGGCAGCGCCUUGGGAGCAGGUGGAGGCGGUGACCGCAUCCUCUGAGACCAGAACCCAGCGCCGAGGGGUGUCAGCUUGCAGAAAGGCAUCCGCCUUAUAGGACCUACAGGAGGUGCAGGAGUGACUGGGCCUCCCUUCACCUUAGCGAGUACCCAGAGUGAUGGCGAUGGUGAUGGCGGCAGUUACUCGGACAGCCCCAGUUAAGCUGCGCUCUGAGAGAUGCUGAAGCCUCCUCCAUCUCAGAUUUUCGAGAUACAUCCAGAGAGUGCCCAGAAGAAACUCCCUCCUGGAAAAACUAAAAAAGCAGUAUUUAUAACACUGGAAUUUGUGGAUAAUUUAUCAAAAUGGCAGAAAGUAGUGAAAAUAAUAGCAAAAAUGUAGAUGUAAGGCCCAAAACUAGUCGAAGUAGAAGUGCUGACAGAAAGGACGGGUAUGUGUGGAGUGGAAAGAAAUUAUCUUGGUCAAAAAAGAGUGAAAGUUGUUCAGAUGCUGAAACAGUGAAUGCUAUAGAGAAAACUGAAGUUCCUUUAAGGAGCCAAGAAAGGAAGCACAGCUGUUCAUCCAUCGAGUUGGAUUUAGAUCAUUCCUGUGGGCAUAGAUUUUUAGGCCGAUCUCUUAAACAGAAACUGCAAGAUGCCGUGGGGCAGUGUUUCCCAAUAAAGAAUUGUAGUGGUCGGCACUCUUCGGGGCUUCCAUCUAAAAGGAAAAUUCAUAUCAGUGAACUCAUGUUAGAUAAGUGUCCUUUUCCACCUCGAUCAGAUUUAGCCUUUAGGUGGCAUUUUAUUAAACGACACACUGCUCCUAUAAAUCCCAAAUCCAGUGAGUGGGUAAGCACAGACUUGGCUCAGAGUGAAUUGAGGGAUGGUCAGCUAAAACAAAGAAGAAAUGUGGAAGAAGAGGUGAACUGCUUCUCACAUACUGAUGUUCAGCCCUGUGUCAUAACCACCAACAAUGCUUCAUGUAGAGGUGGUCCUGUGACUGGCUCUGUGAUGAACCUGGUUUCAAAUAACAGUAUAGAAGAUAGUGAUAUGGAUUCAGAUGAUGAAAUUAUUACACUUUGCACAAGUUCCAGAAAAAGAAACAAACCCAAAUGGGAAAUGGAUGAAGAAAUCCUGCAGCUGGAAACACCUCCUAAGUACCAUACCCAGAUUGAUUACGUCCACUGUCUUGUACCAGACCUCCUUCAGAUCAAUAACAAUCCAUGUUACUGGGGAGUUAUGGAUAAAUAUGCAGCUGAAGCUCUACUAGAGGGAAAACCAGAGGGUACCUUUUUACUUCGAGACUCAGCACAGGAAGACUAUUUAUUCUCUGUUAGUUUUAGACGCUAUAGUCGUUCUCUUCACGCUAGAAUUGAACAGUGGAAUCACAAUUUUAGCUUUGAUGCACAUGAUCCUUGUGUCUUCCAUUCUCCUGACAUUACUGGGCUCCUAGAACAUUAUAAGGACCCAAGUGCCUGUAUGUUCUUUGAACCACUUUUAUCCACUCCUUUAAUUCGGACUUUCCCUUUUUCCUUGCAACAUAUAUGCAGAACAGUUAUUUGUAACUGUACAACUUACGAUGGCAUUGAUGCCCUUCCAAUUCCUUCUUCUAUGAAAUUAUAUCUGAAGGAAUAUCACUAUAAAUCAAAAGUUAGAGUACUCAGGAUUGAUGCACCAGAACAACAGUGCUAGGAAAAGUGUAGGUAUAUGAGAAUGAUUAUAUACAUAUUUUCAUUUAAUAUUUUAUUUUUCUUAUACCACUUUGAAUUUUUCUACAAGGGCAGUUGAAAUCCAAAAUAAAUCUCUGCCCUAAAUUUUACUUCCAGAUCAGUUUAUUUUUCUUAUGAUAACAAUAAUUGUUUAAAGUUACACAGUAGGGGUUAAUGAAUAUUUUUGACCACGUGUUUGGUUUUUGUUUUUACCAAAUAGAUUGUAAGAUUUUUUUUCUUAAUUGUAAUUUGCUUAUGAUCCAGGGAUAUUUGGAAUUUGGUAGGCAAUGCAAAUACAGUUAAGUAAUCGGUAUUUUGUAUGUUUCUUUAAAAAUAAUCUUAUGUUCUUUCCUAAUGUAAAUUCCUUGUUAACCUAUGCCAUUGGCAUUCCUAUACAUAAAAUAUAGUUUCCCUGUCCCCCUUUCAGAGUUGUUUUAAAAUUCUUCAGUAAAGCUGAGUGUUAUAAUUCACAAUCUAUACCAAUGUAAUUGAGUUUUAUAAUUUAAUAAUAGGAAUGCUGAAGGUAACAAAAUGGUUUAAAAUUAAACUUGAAGUGUUUCACUUUAAAUAUUAACUACUACUAAAUUUGAUCGAUUAGGAAGAAUCAAAUGAGAACAUGACUUUUUGGAGGUGAAUUUAUUUUCUACACUGUGGCGUGGUCAUUUGUUAUUUUUGAAUAGGUCUUUCACUCAACUUAGAUGAGUUGCUCUUUUCAGAACAUGAAUAUUGUUCCUUUCUCACUGGAAGCUUAAAAAGUAAUGAUAACACUAUCAGUAACUAGUAGUUACUAACAUAUUUAAGCAACUAUGGGGUUUUUCUGUAUUUACUUAUGAACUGUUGCUUCUAAUUAGCCUUUUUAUAGAAACUCUGAGCCUGUUACUUUGGGGAAAUGCCACAGUAUUAUAAACAGCUACAAAUUGCCACUGAUAACCAAGGAGGACCUAAGUCUUCAUUAUUUUAAAUUGAGCUUGACUAAAGAUUUAAGAAGUAAACAUGGAGCUCAGUUUUUAAGAAGCUUGAUAUUGGUUUUGAUUUUCAGGUUUCAAAUACUUACUCCUGUUUUCAGAAUUAACAUGUCUUUACUGUGGCUUCAACAAAGGGAAAACAUUUUGAGAGCUACAUGGCUUAUGCCAUACUGAACAGUACUGGGCACUGGGACUAAUAUUUUAAAUUUACUGUCUCGAUAGGGAAGUAUAUUUAGAAACAUCAUUCUCCCAGUAUAAUAAAGGUAAAUGGAGUGAUAGCCUAUCUAACUCCUCUUUUUUUUAAUAGUCAGUGCAUAAUUUCCUAGAUAGUAGUUUCUUCUGGUGAGCUGUCUAGCCCUUUGUACAAAGUGGCAUUUUUAAUAUCAUAGUAAUUGAUUUCUCAAUGCUAAUUUAGGUCCAGUAGUAAGCUACUUCUACCUGGAUUGAAAGAAAUUUGACUCAACUUUCCAACUCAGAACAGGUGUUUCAUAGGUAUCAUUGCUUUUAUGUUGAAGUAGCAUUUUGCUUUCCUGCAGUUCUGUUAACAUAAAGAUGGCAUUUUUCAGUAAUAGCUUUAAAAUAAAUUUUUAGCCAUUACCACAAAAUUGAACCAGGAAAAUCUCUGUUACCAUUAUCUUCUAUCAUUUUUUUUUUUCUCAGUGAUCUCAAAAUUGUCUUGGUUACAGUGAGGGGUAACUACUAAGUAUGGCACCUGUCUAUGGAGUAAUGAGGCUCAGGAUAUCAUUAACACCGAUACUAGGAUAAAUAUCUCUUCUAAAGAUGAUAUUUCCCUUUUACAAAAGUAGAGAAGUCUCAUACUACCUCAUCUUUUAUUGUGACGCUUUUGUAGAUCACUGAGAAGCUUGUCUUGUUUACCAACAGAACACUUCCUAAAUAUCCAUUUUUGGUGAAAGAACAUUAAUAGUAUAGUAAGAAUCUACCCGUGAUUAUAGUUUUUUAUCAGAAUUUGAUAAUGAGACUUUCUGUUUCUGUGAAACAAUUAUUGUUUUAAAUAUUUUUCUUUUAAAAAUAACUUUUUAUCAGUACAGAAAAACCUAAGGGAUGACUAGCUAACAAGUAUUCUGUUAAAGAGUAAUUUUAUAAAGAAAAAAGAAAUAUAAUUAUGUUGUCUUUUAUAAUGGUAAAAAUUAAUGUUUAUAUGAAAAUCAAGAUCUAAGUAGCUUUUCAUAUAUUCAAACUGGUUGCUUGUGAUAUAUUUUCUCUGGCUUUCUUAUUUUUCCAACUUCAAGGUAUUAAUAGCUGUUAACAUUUUCAAAAUACUGCCAUAUAUAUAGCCUUGAAGUAGAUCUAAUAAAUGAGAGCAGGGAAGAGACUUAUUUACUCUGAAAUGGUUUGUAUUUUUCCUUUGGUGUUUGCUACAGUGAAAAGAAAUCUGGAAAGUAGAAAUAUAAAGACUGGAGAAGGGAAUUGUUUACCAUGAAGGAAAAAGAAGAGUAAUAAUAAAUUAAUUUUUAAAGCAUUAAAGAAUUGAAAUUUAGAAAGGUUAAUUUCUUUCUCAGUGACUUUGUGAGGACACAUUUGGAAAAGCAUCCAGUAUUCACAAACUAAAUUUAAAAAUGUGAAAUAUGUAAUUAUUGGAAUAUAUAACUAAAAUGAUUAAGUUUUGAGAGGAACACAAGGAAAAAUACAAAUAUAUCUAAAUAUAAAUUUUGUAACUAAGUUUGUUGGCAUUUGAAAAGUGUAAAUUCCAGAGUUGAGAAAGCAUUCAGCAUGGUGGAAAUGUGUAGAGUUAUUGGUGAGAAAGGAUGGAGCUAAAAGAAACAAGAUAAAAUAUUAAAAUUAAGAAUUUAGGCAUCACCUCAGGGAAGAGCCUUGACAGCGAAAGGGAACUACUUAAUCGCUAAUAGCUGGUCUGGACCAGACACUUAACUGCCCUUUGGGAAUCAUCCUGCACUAAUCAGGAAAUAAACUUGACUUUUCUAUUUCUCAAGCUUUUCAGGACACCACCGUCACCGCCACCACUGCCACCACCGUGCAUCUUCUUUUUUUUAAGCUACACAGCAUCUUGAUUCAUACUAUAAUUCCUGAAAUAUGCUGAAUGGAUAUGUUUUUAGGUUCCUUGAGCAUUUUUGUAUAAAGAAUCAUAUGUGAUCUUUCUAUAGCCAUGCCAUUCACUUAAAUAAUUCAUACAGGGAAUGGCUUAAUUUAGAGGAAGACCUAAUAGGAAGAAGAUUAAAGGAAGCUUUUAGUCAGCCUGUGGCUAGAUUUAUUGAUUUGGUGAACCGAACUGCUUUCUUUCCUGAAAUUCAGCUAAUGGUCAAAGAAUGGCUUUCAGUUAAAGUUUUGACUUAUUAUAAAUAAUAUAAAGAAUGUCUUAGCAAUUAGAAAUCCGUUAAAAAGUAGAGCAAAUGUGGCAAAUAGGACUCAUACAAAUUCCAUUUCUUUUGAUAAGAAAAACACAAACCAUUAUCAUUUAUUCAUGAGCCAAAGCCAUUAAGAAGACAAAUCAAGUUAUCAGCUUCCUGUCUCUCUGAAGUUUGGAUCAUUUUAUAGACCCACAUAAUAGGUUUCUUCCUAUGAAACAAAAACCUUAAAACCUAACUCUUAUAAAUAUACUCUUAGCUUUCAUUUAUAAUCUUUUUUGUCACUUUUAGAUAUGAUUAUAGCUAAAAUCUGUGUAAUCAAUAGGUUAUACAUUGAUUUUAGUAGACAGACUUCACAGGAAAAUAGACAAUUAUUUCUUGAGACAACACAGGGAGAACAAUGUUUAAAUGUAAACCUGUGUGUUAAGUAAUUUAAUACCCAAAUGAAUAAAAGAUUUUAAGUCAUGCAGAUUAUUGUUUCUAAUUUGGAAAAAAUUCUUUACAAUUUUGGUUUUAACCAUAAUCAGUUUUACGUUUAUUAUUUCUAAAAAAUGAAUGCAAAGCACAAAGGUUUUUUUUUUUUUCCUUUUUUUAAUGGCAUACUAGAAGUGAGCAGUGCUACAAGAGUCUGUACUAAUACGUUAAUAAUGUUGGACACAUAAUGGAGGUAACUUUUCAAAUGGAUUGGCUUCUAGGUAGAAAUAUAGACUAAUGGAUAUAACCCAAUGGGAAGGGACUUGGGGCACAUGAAUCCUAUUUCAAAUAAAACCAGAAUCUAUUUUUUGUUUACUUUUUAUUUUCAAAUAGAUUACUCAAUCCUAAAUUUUUACCUUCAUCUAGCAUACAAAAUGUAGGUAAAUAAUACUUGUCACUUGACUUGCUGAAGGUUAGUUCUUCAUUUAAGGGGUGACUCUUGGAGCAUACUUGAAAAUAAUUUCUGUAAUUUCUUGAAAGUAAUGUGAUGAUAGAUUUUCAAAGUAUCCCUUAGUGGACCCUGCAAAUUCACAUUCACUUCUAGUCUGUAAUAGGCUUUCUUGGCUUGGUUUGACAAUAGAGAUAACAGUACAAUAUGGAUUUAUGGUUUAGACUCAGGAAUUGGAUGAACAGUUCCAAUUUCCUCCUACCCUUAAUAAGGUUUGUGUAAAAUUGAUGUUUGCCUAAGUUAUUUUAAAAGUUGAUUACAUCUGCAGGAAGUAAAGAUAAUCACUUUUGUUGUGGUUGUAAUCAAAUCUAAGCUUUCAGACUUAAAGUAAAACUUGAGAGGAGGUUUACUUAAAUUUUGUUGACUUUGCUAGGAUUGAAUAAAUUCUGUGUAAACCAAGUAUGAACUUGAUAUAUACUUGAAUAUACAGAGUUUAAGUAGUAACUUUGCAAAGCUGUUAGUACUCUUGUCAAUCAGGCUUGUGUGAUCUUCCCCGUACCCAAAAAGAAGUAGACUGUUUACAUUUUUAUUUCUAAUCCUGGAGUUGAAUGUUUCUUCUUCGGUGUGAGUUCAAAUAAAUUGACCUGAAUAAAUUUUCACUUCUUAAUUAAACUUCAUAUAUAAAAUA